AUGUCGGAGCAGGAGGGGUCAGGGGAGUUGGGGAGAAAUGGAGAGAGAAAGAGGAGCAGAGAAGAGAAGGAGGAGGAGAAAAGACUGAGAGAGGCAGAGAAGAAGAGAAAGCAAUUAGAAAAGGAGGAGGAACAAAAGAAAAAAGAGGAGGAAAAGAAGAAAAAGGAUGAUGAGAAGGAGGAAAUUAAGAGGAAAAGAGAGGAAGAAAGGAAGAAGAAAGAGGAAGAAAAUAAGAGGAAAAGAGAGGAGGCAAAGAAGAAGAAAGACGAAGAAAAGGAGGAAAAGAAGAAGAAUGACGAAGAAAAUAAGAGGAAACGAGAGGAGGAAAAGAAGAAGAAAGAGGAAGAAAAUAAGAGGAAAAGAGAGGAGGAAAAGAAGAAGAAAGAGGUAGAACAGGAGGAGAAGAAGCGAAAGGAAAAAGAAAAGAAAGAGCAAGACAAGAAACAGAAAGAAGAAAAAGCCAAGACAAAGCCAGACCAGCAACGUGAAGCCAAAAAGCGAAAAUCAGAUAAAGAUCCGAUAAAAUCUGAAAUGGACUUCCAAAAAGUGUACGACCUUUCAAUGUCACUCUCUUCCCGAUGCUCUAUGACAAAAAAGAAGAACUGUGUUCUUUUCAUAGGCAGAACCGGGGUGGGCAAGAGCACAAUCCUCUCGGGAAUGAUCGGAGGGAAGUCCUCGCUGGAAAUGAAGGAAGAUGAAGAUAGUGCAAUCGUACAAGUCCACUGCAAGAAACCGAUACGUAACAGUGAAGGAGAAGAAGUCUUCAGAAUCGGCCACGACAGGACCUUGUCUAUGACCACUUUCCCUGAAAUCUUUUACCACGAGACGACCAAGACGGCUGUUUGCGAUUGUCCAGGUUUUGAUGACACUCGUGGGAGCGAAUAUGAUCUUGUCAAUGCGAUGAGCAUUGGUUCUAUCCUACAGAAGGCUGCUUCCAUCAAGCUAGUUGCAGUUCUACGCCACAGCAGCAUCACAAGUGUGGAUGGACGAGGAGGAGCUGUGAAAGACAGUCUUGUCGAUGGUUUGCGAACCAUCUUCUCCAUUGACAAGGACGCAAAGAACAAGCAGGCGCUGCAGUCUGUCAUUCCUUUGAUAGUGCUGGAAAGCUCAAGUCAAGGACAAACUCCGAGCUUGACAUUGAAUACCGUCAAGAAGCAGUUCAAGACGAUCUUGCAACCAUUCUACAGAGAAGAUCCAGACAUUGUUGAGAUGUUGACAGCAAACCUCAUAGCCAUCGAUCUUCUAGGUGAGCCUAGCAAAGAGUCUGGGAUCAGCAGGCUUGAGGAUCUGAAAGAGGAGCUCUUGUCCUCUCAAAAGUCGAGGAUAGAUGAUGCCGUCUCACUAGGAAUGCCAUUGACUGCAAGGCUAAAGGCACAGACAAGUAGUCUGAUCGCUGUUAUCAAACAAAAAGCGUUGUCUUCCUUGCGUGAUUGUAAAAGUCUUGAAGCCCUUGAAGACGUUUGCAACCUUGAGCGGGAAGUGCUGAAGAAGUUGAAGAAGCUCAAUGUUGGUGGAGCUUAUACUGCCAUGCAGACUAUCUCGACGACAAAGUCUCGCUGCCGCAAGGCCAUUGAAAGCAAGCUCAGACAGAAGGAAGAGGAGGCUGUGUGGAGCUUGUUUUCAAAGAUCAGCGAAGAGCUUGUGCGAUUGCAUGACGAGCUCUCAGAAGGAACGAGCAACUUCAGCGAUGCAAUCCUGCAAGAUGUCAAACACCAGAUCACGGAAAACCAAAACAUCCACGAAACCCUCAAGAACGACCUGCACCAGCAGGCCAAGACAGCUCUGGAGGACUACACGUUCUGGAUGCUCGCAAGAGAGGUAGAAGAGCUUACGAAAGCAGUCAGAGAUGGUGACUUGCCGAGCAAGAGGUCUGAGCUUCAAUCAAAGAUAGAGUCAAGCGAGAUCGAGUCGCGUCUCAAGGACUUGCUCAGGAAGCAUCUCGACCAUGCGUGUGGCGAAGAGAAAGUGGUUUUCGAUUCCAUGGAGGAGCAAAAAGCUGAGAUGGAGAGUUUUCGACAUCUUGUUCGUAAAUCAGCAACCGAGAAAGUGAAGAACAAAGACUACGACUUCAGCGCAGAGGCGAAAAAGAAUCUCAUGGGCAAACAGGGAAAGUCGCUUCGUCGAAGCGUGAGCUCAGAAUACGUACAAAGCGAGGUGAACUUCAUCCUGGAGUCUGCGGGGGUUCGUCUCCAGCAGGCGAAGAGACUCAACGACAUGAGCUUCAACAGAGACCAGCUGAAGGAGAGACAUGCGCUGAUAGUGAAGACACAUGACGCCUUGAACCGGUUUGAAAGUCAAGUGGAACAAUCUGUCUCCGAAGAAACUUUCUUGAGCCCCUCAUGUGAAGAGCUGAGGAGACUUGAGGAGGAGAUAAAAGGGUCAGAUAAGACCAUGGCACUGGACUUUCUCGUUGAGGAAAUCGCAAAGAAGAUAGAUGACGCUGAAAAAUAUAUCAAGAGCGCAAAGCUUGACAACGACGAGAGAAGCUUGCGGGACGAUCUCGAUCAAUGGGGUGAAAAGGUUGAAAGUGAAGCCUACUCGAACCCUGAGAAAGAAAUGUCUCAGGAGCGGUCGGCAGAGAGAGAGGAGCUUGAGAGCAGGAUGAAGGACUUGCGAGACAAAUCGGGCAGAAAAAUGCCUUUAUUGGAGCUGAAGCUGAAGGCUUUCGUUGAUAAUUUUGCAAAGAUCAGGACUUUGAAGAAGAAAGAGGAGGCAGGCAAGGAAAAGGCUUUGCUUCAAGAGAGAUUGGACUCUUUCAGAGAUCAAAUCAAAAAGGCCAAAAAAGAAUUCAUCGCUCAGCGCAAGAAGAAUGUGAAGGAGGAGAAGUUUGAGCUCCCAAGCACCUCGUUUCUUGACAGUCUCAGUGAGAAGAUAGAGGAAUGCUCAGUGUUAUCGAAUUCGAGAAGAAAGCAGACUGAAUUGCUGGAGAAGAUUCAAGAGUUUCUAGACAGUGAGGCAAAAGAGAUUGAGCGCCUAAAAGACGAAUCCACACCGCAACCGUCAGGUGGCAUGUUUGAUUGGUUCAAACAACUCUUUAGCCCAAAGAAGAAGUAG